GCCACUCUUCUCCAGCUCCAACACAGAUCAUCAAAAUGUCGGAGCGAAGACCACAACAGAGAGAGGAGAGCUCUACGAGCCUUGCCCUCAAGUCUGCCCUUCAGGGGCUGGCCAUCUUCGCCCUCUCCCAGUUCGUUAUCCAACGGAUCUUCCCUUCGAAGCAAGCCGCAAAUGUCUCCGGUGGACGCUCAGGCAUCCCGUCCUGGGCGGAUCGGCCCGAUCAAAGCACAAUCACCAACGCGACGGUCUUCCCGCACUACGUUGCACCUAUGUGGGAGCAAGAAAAUAUCGGAUUGGACAUUGACAUCUUUAUUUCGCCGUACCUCACCAUCCCAUCACUGAAGAAAGUUCCGAAGGAUAUCAAGGUCCUCGAGGAGAAGAACUUUACUGUUGGAGACUGGAACGAGAACAGGGAGAUCGCCACGGAAAUUUUCGUUCCAAAGGCAGUACAGAAUAACGGCACCCUCUGGGCUCACUUCUACGUUGCACUUUCGGGACACCAGCUUGACCCGAGCGAAAAGGACUACGACCCUGAGACCGCUUAUCAUUUCGUCCGGCCACUAAAUCAGUAUUUGCCUAAAAAGAAGGUAAAGAAGCUGAGGAACCUGCUCGAUGCCAAAAAUGAAACCGAGCCGGAGGAGGAGGCUCCGAAAAAGGUUGAAUUCGGAUCAUUCUAUCAUCCAAACGUCAGUCUCUCCCUGAUUCCAGACAGCGGAACUUUGAACUAUCAAGUAAUGCACCCUGGUGUCCGUCAGUUCGUUCAACUAGAAAGGACCGGUGCAAGAGACGCUUCGGGACAGAACGGAUGGUACUAUCCUAUUAUCUUUGUCAAUACUUUUUGGCAACUAAGAGGCCAUAUGAUUGAGUUGAAUUCCACGGUUGAAACGCUUCCUCUUCGAAUUUCCCUCAAUAACCUCAAGAAUUGGAAGUUCAGCAUUUACGCUAGUGUUGAUGAGAACAUGAAGCAAACCCAACGUCAAGCAGCCCUGGGAGGCCCGAUGCCGGCUGGUAGCGAUGGUAGUGAGUUUGAAAUGGUCAAAGAGAUCCUCCUUGACACGAACGCCUACCUUUUAGCGACAACCGGCAUCGUCAGCAUCUUGCACAUGAUUUUCGAAGGUCUUGCUUUCAAAAACGAUAUUUCCCACUGGCGUAAGAAGAAGGAUGUCGUGGGAACGUCCCUGCGAACCAUUCUCGCAAACAUCUUCAUGCAAGGUGUGAUAUUUUUAUACCUGCUAGAUAACAGUGAAGGUACUUCUUGGAUGAUCCUUGCCGGUCAGGGAUUCGGCGUUGCCCUCGAGGCAUGGAAGAUCACCAAGACCGUAAAUGUCCGCAUUCGACGCCCCAGUUCCGGGUCUCGCUUUGCAUUCCUGCCGUACCAUGUUGUCUUCGAGGACAAGCAUACGCUCAGCGAGACGGAAAAGAAGACCAAGGAAUAUGACGAGAUUGCGUUCAAGUGGUUGUACAUCAUUGCGGUCCCGUUAUUGAUUGGAUACGCAAUCUAUAGCCUCGUAUAUGAGACCCAUAAGUCAUGGUACUCGUUUCUCAUUGAAACCCUGGUCGGUAGCGUCUAUGCCUAUGGAUUUUUGAUGAUGGUUCCGAGUUUGUAUAUCAACUAUCGCCUAAAGUCCGUGGCGCACAUGCCUGGAAAAGCUCUCAUGUACAAGUUCCUGAACACUUUUAUCGAUGAUCUUUUCGCUUUCACUAUCAAAAUGCCAACACUUCACCGUCUUGCGACACUGAGAGACGAUGUGAUCUUUUUCAUCUGGCUGUACCAGAGUUGGAAAUACAAAGUUGACUAUAAGCGAGUCAACGAGUUCGGUCAGGGCGGAGAAGAGGAUGAAGCUGAAGCGGAGGCGGAGGCGGAGGCGGAAAAGAAACAGGAUGGUAGUGCAGCCAACACGAGGGACCAGCCUGCAUCUGCGACUACCUCCACAGCGUCCCCAUCCUCUCAAUCCAAGUCGGCAAAGAGCUCGGCUCGGCGAAGAAAGUGAUGGGGAGUAAUCACGAAUGAGAUGCUGGGAUGGACAGGUUUUUACGCCUUUCGAGAUUGCAGGUUUGCUUCUUUUGUGUGUAUUCUGAUAGAAGGUAAUAGUCGGUUCAUAGAACGAUAAAUCUGGAUUCUCUAUGGGCGAAGGUUAUGUCCUGCAAAUUGUGAUCCAGAUCCGCUGGUAAGUACACAUAGAGUGCGGCCAGAAUACCACGUUGGCUGCCAGGAGUGACGCUUCCGUGGGAGUUGGCUAAGGAUUGUUGAAUUCAUCUCCAAACCAGCAGUGAUAUCAUUGAAAUAGUCAGUGGAUCUCGGUCAAUUUCAUCAAACCUGCUCAUACCAGAAUGGAAAUUGAGUUGGUCAUUCUGCCCCUGGGGAGGAGCAUUAAG